ACUAGAUUGAGUGUCCCGUUUAUCCGUCCUCCUGCUGAUACCCAAUCCAUUCACAUUUACGUAGUUGAUGAACUACUCUCCUAGCAGCAGUACCUUUCCGUAAAACAUGACGAUUUGGUUUCGAAACAACCAUGGCAUUCCACCGAAUGCGAAAAGCAAUUCCCCUACUUCUUGCCUAUUCAUUUCAGGUUGGUCUAGCAGUUUCCUUCGAUCGGCUUGGUGGAGAGUACAACUUAUGAGCAUCUCGUCCUUGAGUUCAUGCCGGCUAUCCUUUCAUGCCGAAAUCGUGGACCUUGUGGAAAUACCGAUCGAGUAACAGUUCAGGGGAUGAUCAUUGCAUGUUCUUACCAAUAUCAGUUACCAAAAUAAGUCUUUUGUUUGACUUUGUAUGUCAACUUAACGACCUCAUAUAUCAUACAUACUUUAUAGGAAGUAGUGGCGGCCCCGUGACUUACUGCAUUGAGGAUUAGUCAUGUAGAGUGUGCUACCUAUAGGGCUAUUCAUACCCUUGAUCAUACUUGCCUUGUAAGAACUUCACAACGGCUUGGCUCAACUUUUCAGCUGACCUUCUAACCCAAGACACGAACCCCAAAUCUCCACGAAUUCUCAAUCAUUGAGAGGAACCUUGAGAAAUUCACUUGAAUACAUCCGUCCCUCUCGAUUCUUCAAGCAUAUCCAAGGCCUAAAUUAUUUUCCUUGAAACAUAUUUAUCAUGGAAGACAACAACUAUGAUCGAAACGCCCUAGUCAAUCGGACAUUACCUCAGAUGCAGCUGGCGAGCGGCUCGAAUAACUCAGCAUCCCCUUCCCUUGAUACUAAAUAUAUUCCACCAAGCUUGAACUCUGCUACAGAAAGAUUUGCGGUCAAAGGAAAUGCUAUCAGUACACGCUCCUCCCUAAAUCCUUUCUCAUAACUCAUCUAAUGGUUAAAUUCAGUCACUGGAGGAACAGGGACCUUAGCUUUACAAGGAACUCGUGCACUUCUCGAGCACGGUCUUAGUGGAGUAGUCCUAUUUGAUAUCAACCCGAAACCCGACUCCCCUUCUAUAUCAUCCUUAAAAGCAGACUUUCCUUAUGCUAAAAUCUUAUUAAAGUCGGUCGACGUCACAAACGCGGAGAAUGUGAAUCAAGCAGUUCAAGAGACGGCAAAAGAGUUAGGAAGUAUUGAUAUCUUAUGUUGCUAUGCAGGUGUUGUAGGAUGUGUACAUGCACUCAAGAUAAGUGUGGAGGAGUGGAGACGUACUUUAGAGAUUAACACAACAGGUGCAUUUAUAUGUGCUCAGGCUGUCGCGAAGUAUGUUUUUUCUUAAUCAGUGAUGGAAUGGGGAUACUAAUAUCGAAAAUAGGAAAAUGAUUGAUCAAAAAUCCGGUGGUUCAAUUGUCUUUAUUGCAUGUUCGUCUCCUACUCUUGGAAAGUCAAUCCACAAUUUGGUGUUCAUUGCUGACUUCCUUAGCUAUAUCCGCCCAUACCGUAAACUAUCCUCAGCCCCAAAUUGCCUACAACGUCUCCAAAUCCUCUCUAAUUCAUAUGAAAUCAUGUCUCGCAGCUGAGUGGUCUCGGUAUGGUAUCCGUACUAACACUAUUUCUCCUGGAUAUAUGGAUACCGUUCUUAAUGAAGGUGCUGGAUUAGAAGAAGCCAGAAACAUUUGGACUAUGAGAAAUCCUAUGGGUAGGAUGGGUAACCCAGAAGAAUUGAGCGGAGCUUUAGUACUUUUAUGCAGUAGAGCCGGGAGUUAUAUCAAUGGAAGUGAUUUGAUUGUUGAUGGUGAGUCUUUUGCUUAUCGAAGAUCCAAGAAAGAUUUAUUGACUGAUUUAUAGGAGGUCAGACCGUUUUUUAAGUGGUUAUGCCUGGUGUGGCUUACACCAACGCAAUUCUCAGCUGAAAAAUUGUAUGCUGAAUUCAUGUAUCUCAAUUUCAUUUGCAGAACAUAAAUACCUCAACGGAGAACGUACUUCAAUCCUUAGUUCCUACAUAACUUUCACUUUAUAA